AUGCAAUGCUUGGAGAUACCAUUUUUGACUUUGUUCCUCUUAUCCUGUUGGGGAAGACCGCAUAAAGAAGAUUAUAUUCUUCAGCGCAAACAAGAAUUAGUACUGAAAGCUGAACAUCAGAGGUUACUUUCAACAAAAGAGCCCUGUAGACUCAAUCCAGAUAAAAGAACUGUAGUGGGCUCCUAUCAUCCACCUAAAGAAGACUACACAUCACAAGAGCAACAGUACAUAGAAGAUUUGGAAUGCAUGAAACAUGGAUGCAGUGUAGAAAUACAAAAGAAAGACAAAACCAAUGAUAAUAAAAGGGGCACAAAAGUUAAAUUAGGGAGCAACGAUUACUGGAAUACAAUAUACAAUAAAAAACAUCUCAGACAUAUCUCAAAAAUAUUCAGCAAAAAGUCCCUCAGAAGGAACCCUAGAGCAGUAAAAGAACGGAAUGUGCCACGGAAGGAAAAUAGAAGAUACCCCAGGGAAUCUGAGUUAAAUUCACAGAGAUUUUUCUCAAAUUCCUCAGUAUCCUUUGUACUGCAUCAGAAGAAUCCCAUUGAUGGGGCCCUCUACUUUCAUAGUGCACACAGUCAACUGGUUUUAAAUCCAGAAGCUGAUCAGAAAAUACCUCAAGAAACUUUCACUGUAGAACUGUGGGUGAAGCCAGAGGGAGGCCAAAAUGAUCCAGCAGUCAUAACAAGCAUGUAUGAUAAUUGCUCUCAUGUGGUGAGUGACCGUGGUUGGUCUAUUGGUAUACGUCCUGCUGUGUUCGGGUCAAAAAAAGAUGCACGUUUCUACUUCUCACUCCGGACUGACCGUUCUCCAAGUGCUACUACCUUGUUGUCUCCACAAAGCUACAACCCCGGAACUUGGAGUCAUCUUGCUGCUAGCUAUGAUGGGCAACAAAUGUUACUCUAUGUGGAUGGAGUACAAGUUGCUAGAGCAGAAGAUCAACUGGGUCCCCUUCAUAGUACUUAUUUAUCAAUAUGCAGAUCCCUCUUGGUUGGUGGAGACAACUCAGAGACUGGUAACCACUAUCGAGGCUAUCUCUUCUCCCUCCAUCUGUGGUCAGAGGUUAGGACUCAGAAACAGUUGAGAACUGAAUCCAUGAGAAGACCAUAUCAGACUUUACUAGGAGUACAAAGCUUCUCAUUGUUGUCCAGGAAUAUAUGGAGCAUAUACAGAGAUGGGGUGCAUCCGGAAGUUGUACCAGGGCUUGUUCCAGUAAAGGACAUGAUCUCCUCCAUCUUACUUCCUCCUUGUGGGAAAACUUUAUGUGAUUUGCCGGAUGUAUCUGCUGGAUAUAGCCAGCCUGGGGCAAAAUGGGAAAAAGAGGUCCAUUACCGGGUGGUCAAUCUGUGUAAAGAUGAUGGUUCCAGGCCUUUGGUAAGUGCUGAGCAAAUUCAGAGGCAACAUCAGGCUUUAUCUGAUGCUUUUAGCCCAUACAGCAUUCGCUGGCAGCUAAACAUAAUGGAGGUUCAUAACUCUAGCCUACGAAAUCGAGUAGUGCUUCCUGGUUGUGAGCCAGGGAAAGUCGGCAAUGACCAAUGUGAUCCUGAAUGUAAGCAUCUACUUACUGGCAAUGAUGGUGGUGACUGUGAGUUCUUCAGACCAUGCAAUUCUAGGAAGAAAGGUGAUGGAGUAUGCCACUUUGAAUGCAACACCGCAAGAGAUGACUAUGAUGAUGGAGACUGUUGCUUAACCAAAGACCAUGGGAAUACUAGCAAGACUUGCUUUGACCCUGAUGCACCGGGGAGGGCUUACAUGAGUGUGAAAGAACUGAAGGAAGCCUUGCAGUUGAACAACACCUUGUUCCUGAACAUUUUUUUUGCUGGUUCUGCAGGGGAGGAGUUAGCUGGAGCAGCCAUCUGGCCAUGGGACAAGGAGGCCCUCAAUGUGCAAGGGGGAUUAAUUGUGAAUCCAUCUUAUUAUGGAAUUCCAGGCCAUACUAAUACAAUGAUUCAUGAAGUGGGCCAUGCCCUAGGACUGUACCAUGUUUUCAAAGGUGUGAGUGAGCGAGAGUCUUGUGAUGACCCAUGCAGUGAGACUGAACCUUCCAUGGAGACGGGGGAUCUAUGUGCUGACACCGCGCCCACCCCAAAAAAUAAGCUUUGUCGAGAUCCAGAUCCAACAAAUGACACCUGUGGUCCAAAGUUUUACACUGGAACUCCAUAUGACAACUACAUGAGCUACUCAGAUGAUGACUGUGCCAACAGCUUCACCCCAAACCAAGUUGCCCGCAUGCAUUGUUACCUCGAUCUCAAAUAUCAAGGAUGGAGCCGGAUUCACAAACCUUCACCUGUUCCUUUGGCACCAAUAGUUGUUAAACAGAGCAUGGAUUCUCUCACUAUCCACUGGCUGCUGCCUAUCAGUGGAGAACUCUAUGAAAGAGAGUUAGGAACCAUGUGUGAUUUGUGUGCUGCUGAUGGGUCUUUACAACAAUAUGCUCACCAAGCUUCCUCGCCUCGAGUGUGUGACAACUCUGGUUAUUGGACCCCAGAAGAGGCUGUUGGUCCUCCAGAUGUAGACCAGCCUUGCCAGCCAAGCUUACAUGCAUGGAGUCCUGAGCUUCACAUCUUUAAUACUAAUAUGUCCGUCCCUUGUACUCAGCCACUGGGGUGUAUUCUGGAGCUCAAUUUCCUAAAAGCUGUCCAACCCCGGACCCUUACCAUCUGGAUAACUUACCUAUCCUCUGAUGUGCCCACCACAUUGUCUGAUAUUGAGUUAGUGACGGAACAUAAUGAAUCAUUGCACCUAGGAAGUAUGCAGGCCUACUGUGAUACUCCUCUGACGAUUAGGCUGACCACAGACCAGAACGUGUCCACAGUCCGUAUUUACACAUUUGAUGCAAGAAUGGAGAUAGAUGCAGUUCUUCUGGUCUCUGUACCUCUUAAUUUUAUUUGCUCAGCAUGCAGACCUGUGAAAUACAGGAUAAUUCGAAAUCCUCCUUUGCUUAGAGAUCAGCUGCUGAAAAGGACCCAGGCAGAGCGCUUUUUUACUGACACGGAAGUGACCCCGGGCCAGGAAUACCAAUACCAGGUGCAGGUCGUUGCUGGGUCAGUGGCUGGAGAGCCUUCACCACCCUUAUUUCACAUGCAUGGUGCCGGUUUCUGUGGGGAUGGAGAAGUUAAUAAGGAAUUGGGAGAGGAGUGUGAUGAUGGUGCACUGCAAAAUGGAGAUGGCUGUUCCCAGAGGUGUCAACUGGAGCCAAAUCAUAUGUGCAUAGGAAAACCUAGCCUAUGCUACAUUCCCAGUGCAGAGAGUGUUGUUGACUUCCCUGAUGAUAGCAUUGGCAUGUCUGCCAAUCGUGCUGGGCAAACAACACAUGAAUACAUUGAUCAGUGGGCUUCUCAAGCUGUGACUUCUCAUGAAGACCCCUGGAAAUGUCCAGUUUCUGCACUCAUUGGAGAACCAGUACACAAGGUGAGUUUUGAUAAGCCCAGUCUCGCAGAGUCAUUCCACAUUUACCUUUCCUCUGAUGGCAGCUUUCCCAGCAGCACCUCGAAGGCCAUUGUCAGUGCUUAUCUGACUGAUGUGACGGGACAGAGCCAUUCACUAGGAAUUAAUCCAUGGGUGUCCUGUAUCUGGGAUGGCCUUUGGUCUCUCCCUGAAGGUUACUGCAAGAUUGAAUGUGAUGCGCCAAUGCCAAUUAUUAAUGCAAAGCUUAUCACAACCCGCUGCCAGCUGGGUAACCACGAUGUGGGAUCCACAUGCAGAUACAGGUGUAAGCCAGGAUACCAAGUAGCAGAAACAUCUGAUCGACGGCCUAGGAGGUCAUGCUCCCCACUGCAUGUGGCACAUGGUUCUACCCACUGUUCCGUAGAUGUGGAUGGAGAAACUCUGUGUUCUGUGACAUGUGAUGAAGGCCAUGUUCUACACUCGGUCAGUAAAGCAGGGCAUAAAGUCUUACAGGACACAGUGCUUAAAUGUUCUUCUGGGAAAUGGAAUUUGAUGGUAACUUGUGAACGACUGGAUUGUGGAGUCCCGCCUCCAUCACUUGUUUUUCAUGCCAGUUUCUCUUGCCCUAAAGGGACAGGCUUGGGGAAACAGUGUUUUUUUACCUGCCUGCCUCCUGCAAAAUUCCAAGGAAUUAAUCCAUGGGUGUCCUGUAUCUGGGAUGGCCUUUGGUCUCUCCCUGAAGGUUACUGCAAGAUUGAAUGUGAUGCGCCAAUGCCAAUUAUUAAUGCAAAGCUUAUCACAACCCGCUGCCAGCUGGGUAACCACGAUGUGGGAUCCACAUGCAGAUACAGGUGUAAGCCAGGAUACCAAGUAGCAGAAACAUCUGAUCGACGGCCUAGGAGGAAGUUCCUGAAAAUACACUGUCUUCAGACUGGUCUGUGGUCUGUAGGCCGCUGCAUUCCUAUCCUGUGUGAGCCUUUGCCCAUUAUCCUUCAAGGAAUGUAUAGCUGUACCCGUGGACUGGAGGUGGACAGCAAGUGUACCCUGUACUGUGGAUCUUACACGGUGACUACUGUGUGUAGUAAAGAUGGGACAUGGACAGAAAAACUGAGCCUCUGUGAGGGACUUACAGGGACAUGCCCUCCACUGCCAGAAAUCAAUGACAUCCACUACACGUGUGAGAAUGGACGAUUGAUUGGAGCUAACUGCACAGCUUCCUGUGUCUAUCCACCCAAUGACCCAGUGAUCCUACCAGACAACAUGACACCUGAUUCUGUAGAGCACUGGAUGAACCCUACCAAAGUGCAGAGUAUUAUGUGUACAGGGACACUGAAAUGGUACCCAAAUCCUGCCACAUUGCACUGCAUUCCAUCUUGUGAGCCCUUUCAAGCAGAUGGCUGGUGUGACACAAUUAAUAACCGCGCGUAUUGUCAGUAUGACGGAGGAGACUGCUGUGCCUCUACCCUGUCCUCACACAAGGGUCAGGUGGUUCCUUUUGGAGCUGAAUGUGAGGAAGAUGAGUGUACUUGCCGUGACCCAGUGGCAGAAGAGAACAGAUCUAAAAAAGUGGAUUGGGCUGGACUUUCGCCACAGGCACUUGGGGACAUGCGUAAUCCACCAACUACUUGAGGAACCUCUGUAGAAGAUGUCAUGGUCAACAGUUGUGUGAGCGUCAUCAAAACCAUCUGGGACUAGUAAUGGCCUCUUGAUAUGGAAUAUCUUAAAGAGAUAUGUCAUUGUAGAAUGUCGAUUUUCUGAAUGAAAAUUCAAAGUGGAAGUAUAGAACAUUUGUACAAAAUUGCAUCCGUGUCUGGGAAUUUUAUUAUCCAGACCUUCAUUCUGAUGUCUACCAUAUUUGGCCUGAAGUUCUAGAAAGCCUCCAUUCACUUUUUCACUUUACAGCAUUCCAUGAUCUGCCUGUGCUAUA